AGAGAGUACCUACAGGUAUGGUGGAGAGAAAAUCAAUUACCGAGUAACGUCUGGAAGCCAUUGAGCUGUGAGUGAUGGCCAUUCAAGGGCAUGUGUCAUGACCAGGUCGUACAAGAAUGGGGUAUUCUUCUUCCAUAUCUUGUAUUCUUCAUUAAUGACUCGUUCUUCAACCGCCUCGUCAAACGUAUCUAGAAAAUCAGAAUGAAAUAUUGUCAAUAAUAAGAAUCUUUGCAACUUGCCUAAGCUUGCAUACUUACCACCUUCUUUGUCGCCCAUUUUCUCCGUAGUCACCGAUAAGAAUUAUAUUAUUGUGAACAAACACGAGUUGUCCAGUCGACGCCGGCGUACGUUUGGAACGAAGGGAAAUGUUAUCGUUGUAGCACCUAACUACGGAGAACCGAUAUUUUACCGGGUAUCCAAAGCGGUGAGCAUACAAACGAAAUACAUUAAAGAUGAUGAAGCACGGAACGUCAAUAAAACCGUGGGAGAAAAAAAAAGGAAAUAACAAUAAAUUGCGCCAAAAACACGCGAAACUAAAGAGAGAUGAUAAUCAAAAAACGCCGAGUAGCGGUUGGGAUAUUACUCUGUGGGUUAGAAAGAGACAGCAAAUUGAAAAACGAGUUGGCCGCUGUGGUUUCUUCACAGUGCAGCCAACGACGGUGACCCGGUCCGGAAAAAGUUAGAAACGGACGUGUCGAUGAGUUGGGUGUGCGUGAACGGACAUCACUUCAUUCAAUACGUUUUGUUUAUUUAUUUUUAUCAAUUAAACUGACGUCUGAUAGCGAUACGUUCAGGUUUAAUUAACCAUCUUCAUGAAUAUACUCCGCACAAAUCAAACUUGUGGCUGUGCUACGAUUACGAAUUAGUGCUGUAGAUAAUAUCAAAUUAUACUUUAAUCGUCGACCACACGACAUACCGCCCCAUACAUAUGUGUUCAGACGACUGUGUUUCUAAUGUCGACGAGUAUUCUCUAGUGCACGUAUGAUGAUUUUGUGUUUUACCAUACAAGGUAAUAUUCGAGUGUUUCUAUAAUGCGAUACGAUUUUAUAAUUUUUGUUUUAAUUUACCUUUAUUUGUAGGACAUACGAUAUCAAAUAAUCAUUAUGACAGACAGUCAAAUGGUAAUGGUGGACGCAGAACGCGGUGUGGAACGUACCCAAAACAGUUCUGCGACAGAGGCAUCGAGCACGGCUAGUGAUUCGCCUACGCCCACAAACAGUGUCCAAGAUAAAAAUUGGGUUCAUUGGCACGGACCAAGUAAUGAAUUAUUAACCUAUUUAAAUCAAAAUAAAUUGUUGUUUUUUUAAUUCAGUUGAUGUAUUUAUAACCUACCUGUUGAACAUUAAUUGUAAAACAUGUUGAAUUAGUUUUCAUUCAUAUAAUAUAAUUAAAAAAAAAUAAAACAAAAAAAAGUUCAAUUUAAAAAUCUUAAAUUUACUGUUAAAUUAUAGAUCUCAAUAAAGCUAAUAGUUUUAAAAUUACCUUAUGUCUUUGUAUUUAUCUUUUUAACAUUUUGGGACAGUAAAAAUGUUCAAUAAGUUAUUACUGUAACUUAGUAGACAGUUAACAUUGACAUAACAUGCAUGUUCCCACACCAAAUUACUGAUUUAGGAUAUGGCCCUAAUCUAUAAUAGUUUUCAUCAUAUGGAGGAUUUGGUUUUCUAGCAUGGGGCGAUGAACAAAGACAAUUAUUAGGCACUGAAGAAGAAGCAGAUUCGUCUGAUUGUGAAACGGUGUCAUCUGCUAAUGGUAUUGGAAUUUGGAGUAUGAAUGAGGAACAGAGUAAAUAUUACGAAGAACAGUUUGCAUCAAUGCAACCUAAUCCAAAAGCAUUAUUAUCAGGCUCAAUUGCCCGGUCAUUUUUUGAAAAGUCUCGUUUGCCAUUACAUGAACUCAAAGAAAUAUGGUAACUUUGUUGAACCACUAAACAAUUUAUUUUUUUUUUGUUUAAUUCUUAAUUUGUCAGGCAACUAUCUGAUGUAACCAAAGAUGGAGCUCUUUCACUCGCUGAAUUCAAACUGGCCAUGCAUUUAGUAGUUCUCAGACGCAACAAUAUUACUCUUCCUAAAAAACUACCGCCUUCAUUAGUGCCACCUACUGUGUCACCAGUACAGAUUAAUGUUGUAAAAAAUACUGUUGUGUCACCAACUUGCAGUAUUAAAAGCAAAGAAGUAAAUGCUAUAGUAAUAUUUAAAAAAAAAAAUAAAUAUUAUUUACUCAAAAUCUUAAAAAAUUGAAAUAAUAUUUUUCAGUGGACCAAGUUUAUUGAUUCACCAACUAGUUCAUUGUCAUCACCUGGUCCUAAGCCAGUAAAUUUUGAUUUUCAAAAGUCAUCUGUUGAACAGGUAUGUUAAUGUUACUUAAAUUAUAAUUUUGUUUGUUUUAAUUUUUUUUUUUAAAUAUAUUAGUUAUUUCAUUAGAGUAUUAUCUUAUAAUACAAUGGUUCUCAAACAUUUUUGAUUUUUAGUGUCUUUUUUUUAACUAAUCUUUUUUCAAAGGGUCUCUCUAAGUUGAAACAUGAAUAAUCAUUAAAAAAAAAAUAAGUAAAAUAAUCCAGAUGAAUUUUGAACUUUUUGUAAUAAACUAGUGAAACAUAAUUGAAUAUUUGAUAUACAUAGAUGCGUCUACACAUUUUUUUUUUAUAGUUAUUCUGUGAUGUUACUACAAAGAAACCACAGGCCACACUUAGNAUAAUUGAAUAUUUGAUAUACAUAGAUGCGUCUACACAUUUUUUUUUUAGAGUUAUUCUGUGAUGUUACUACAAAGAAACCACAGGCCACACUUAGAUAACCAUUAGUAUAGUAACUUUUUAAUUUAUUGGAUUAAAAAUAUUUAAUUAAGUUUAUUAUCAAGUUUAAAGAAAAAAAAAAGAUUAGUAAAUUAUGAAAGUAGAAACAAUUGGGUUAUUAGUAUAAAGAAAGAAACAAUAUCAUUCAGACCAGGGUCCAUAACCAUUAUUAACUAAAUUUCAUUAGUAUAAUAUUUUAAUUAAUAAUUUUGUAUUAACUAUAAUUUUAAUAUUACAAAUAAUAAUGAUAUUUUCAAAGCAUAAAAGGUAAUAAGUAAAAACAAUUAUCAUUUGGUCAUUUUCGAUUUGGUCGUUAUUUCCAACUACACCAAUGUAUGUUACAACUACCACUAUUGCAAACAACCAAAUUUGUUUUUUUUUCGUCAAAUUUUUUGUACAACAAAUUUAUUUGGUUUUUAUAUUAUACAUUAUAAUAAUAUUAAUUAUACAAUUUAAUCAAAUGUCUCUAUUAGUAUCUAUGUGCUAUUACUCAAAAUAAAGCAUUUGUUUGUAAUUGAGGAUAAAAAUCGUAAUAUUAAUAAAAGAAAUUAAUUAUCGUAAACAAAUGAAUUUGCUGUAUAUUAAUGUAUCUCCAUUUAAUUCAUAGUUGCAGUUGCCAGAUUUACAUAGGACAUUUCUGAAUCAUACUCUUAAAAAGUGUUUUACAAGAAAAUAAUAAACAUUAAUAUUUUGUGUUGGUUAUUUAAUUAAAAAUAUUCAAUUAAUUUUACAAAACAUACAUAUUAAAAUAUGAAGAUAAAUUUCUUGUUUUUUGAAAUUUAGAAAAAUGCAUUUUUGUAUUUAAUGAAAUAAUUUGCUUUUUUUAUGUGGAGGAAAUUCCUUAAAUAUUUUUGUAUGAACAUUUAGGAUCCUAAAAUCUUACAUCCCGUUGCUGUUCGAGUUACGCCUGGUAUUGAUAAUUGCUUAGAAGACCAUGAAAAAGAAUUACUAGCAAAUAAUGUUGAGGAAAUGGUUUUAAUUAAAUCAAUUCAAAGGCCUCAAGCUAAAAAACUAAGCCGUAUGUACUUUUAAUUAUUGGUGUUUACAAUAUAGAGUUGCAAUAUUUUUAGUACAAUAAAAUAUUAUUAGAAUUAUGCAUUUAUAAUUCAAAUCAAAAAAUAUAAACCUAUUAUUUUUAGAUGUAGGACCAGGUGCUAUACCUCCACCUCCUUUACCAACAUUGUAUAGUGAAGAUGUGUAAGUUAAAAGUUUGAAUAAAUUAGAAACUAGAUAUUUUAUUUGGUUUUUUUUUUUUAUUUUUAAAUGCAUUUUUUAUUUAGUAACUCAGGACCUGCAAGUUUACCGGUAAUAGUUGCGAAGAAAGAACCUCCUCCUCCGCCACCUCCACGACCAUAUCGUGCUCACAUGCGUAGUUCCUCCCUCGAUCUCAAUAAACUUGGUAAUUUACUUUUACUAUGUUAUCAAUACAAUUUUUUUUAUAUAUUUAAAUACUAGCUGACCCAGUAAUACUUUGCUAUUGCUAGACAUUGCUGUUGCUAUAUCAUUAUGUUUUCUUGUCCUGCCCAAGAUAUGUCAAAGACGUUUUACAUAUUUUCAUUUACUACCAUAAAUACCCACACAGUAUAGAGUUUGCACUAUAAUAAUGAAUAAUCAUUUUUUCCAUUUGUUACCAAGGUAAUCCAUAAAUCGUAGAUAAAUUAUUUAAUAAUCAAAUUUUAGGAAAAUGUGUGGCAGUAAGUUCAGCUCAGGGACCUCCAGUUGUUCCUCCUCGAAUAACCCCCAGUCCAGUGAGUAAUUUGUUUUAACUUUUUAUUAUUACCCUAUGAUAAUAAAUAAUAAUAUAAAGUAUAUUAUCUAUAUUUAGAAUUCAAAUGUUGAAAUUAAUGGUUUGAGACAAAACUGUGAAAGAACUGAAUCCGGUCAUCAAUUUGCUGAUUUUGCACAGUGUCCUGGUGCUUUUCAAGUUUACAAAAAACCUCGUAAAUAUUACUAUAUAUUUAUUAUUUAUGUUAUUUAAAGUAAUUAUUCCAAUAUAUAGAGCUGUAUCUGGGGCUUGGUUAGACAGGCUCAGGCCAAGUGUGUGUCCCAGGAAUAGGCAGAACUUAAUUCAAUUAUAAACAUUUUAAUGGAAUUGUGUGUGUGAACAGACAUUGAAAAACCCUAGUACGGCUCUCAAUAUGCUUACCAUUUUAUAGCAAUUCAGUAGUUACUAGCUCAGAUUAAAUAAAAGUAUAGAUUACUUCUAUUCUGUAGUUUUACUCAAAUUUCAUCAGAUUUCUGAUAUCUUAGUAAUUUAUUAUGUUGUAUAAUAAUUACUAAAGGUGUUGCGGGUUUUCAAAGGUCAGAACAAUUAUAAUUUUAUUACGCUGUAUAAUUGUACGCUAUUAUUGUAAAAUUGUAUUAUUACUUUAGUAGAAAUUAUGUUUCUCAAAAUUGAGUAUUAAUUUCUUGUUUUAAGUUUAAAUAGCUGAGAGCUUAUACAAUUCUAGAAGAUUCUAUUUUGAUUACUUUUAGAUUUUUAUUUAAAUUUCAUAAAAUAUUAGGUUUUAAAAUUAAAUCUUUUAAAUAUCUUAAUGCCUCUCUUACACUUUCAUAAUUUCUUGUUAUCAAUUUUCAGCCCUUGCUUGUAUAAUAUAGUAGUUAAAAUAAUGUUAUGUAAUAAUUAUUAUAUAGUGUAAUUCUAUAAGAGAUCUUUUGAGUUAUCUUGAUUUUUCUCAAAGUUCUUAGUUGCCAAAAUUCAAAUAAUUAAUGCAUAUAACAUCAAAAUUGUCAUCACUUUCAACCAAAACUUAAUAUUAUAUUUUUAACUUACCUUUAAAAGUUUCAGAAACUCAUAGCAAUGAAAAUUCAUCUACAACUGGAUCAGAAGUACAUGGUAUUCAGCCAUUAGAAUCUUCAUCAUUUAACAAGUAAUUAUUUUUAAAAAAAAAACUUUAAAAACUGGACAUUAUAAAAAUGUUGUUUGUUUUGUUAAGACUGGAAGAAAGAAAUGCUCAUUUACGUCUAGUCUAUCAAGAGCUACAAAAGCAAUUAACUGAUUUACGGGAAGAACGUUCUGGUUUGCAAUUUCUCUUAGAUACAGUUCAUAAAUCAUCUCCACCCUCAUAUUAAUUAUUAUAUAAUUUGAAAAGUCCUUAAAUUGUUAUUGUUGACAGAUAAAUACACUUCAUACAUGCAUAUAUUAUUAUCAUUAGCAAUGUUCUUUUUUAAGUGACUCAUGUUAUAAUUAUCACAAGAUAUUGUUAAAAUUAAUAAUUUUAUUUAUUUAUUUUUAUUAAUCAUCAUGUUUGGUUUAUUAUUAUUAUUAUUAUCAUCGAAAUGUAUUGUUAUUUUAUUUAACCGAUCUUAGUAGUCUACAUUAAAUAUUAGAUCAUAUUUUUAAUGUUACUUCCAUCAUUAGGUAUCAUUUACUUUUUGUUGUGAUUACUGUGGUAAUGUGAUUAUUAUUAUUUAUUCAUUAUUGUAUUAAUUAUUUUAUUGUAUAUCUAUUUUAUUACUGGUAUGAUUUAGUUUAAAGUUUUAGAAACAAAAUAAUAAUUCAUUUAAUUUCUUUCUAUAUUCUAUGCAGUUUAAAUAGGCAUAAAUAUUUUCACCCAAUAAAUUAUCAGCCAAAUGUUAAUAAAAAGAGCUUAGAAUUAAGAGUAUAUCAAAUAAGAUUUAUUUUAUUUUAUUUAUUUUUUUGAAAUAUUUAAAUAUUUGUUAUGCAAAAAAAAAGCAAAUUAAGAAUCUUAUUGUUUUAUAAAUAAGCAUGUUAUAAAACUAAUAAAAGCAGCUACACAAUAUAAAAAUUAUUGAUUCUUAUGGCAAUGUAUUUUAAAUAUCAUAUUAUUUCAGAGUAAUAUAUUUAUAAACACGGUUUAUCUAAUAUUAUUUUGUUUUUCUUACCCUGCUGACUUGGCAAGUUUUCAAUCACCAAAAAUCUAAAAUUUCAUAUCACUUAUUUGUUUUAUUCUAAUACAAGCAAUUCACAAUAAUAAUCUAUUAUAAUAUUAUCAAUUUUA